GGACUUUAGAGGCGAUUUUGCAGUGCUAUACCGGACAACGCAACGGAUUCGCUGUGAUGAGCUCAUGAAGGUCGCUCUCAUGCGAUGUUAAGAAAUUGUGGUGGGCCGAAAGGGAGCUAAACGGGUGGACGGGAAGUGAUGGCUGUGGCGGAUGGCUUGCUCGCAGCCGUAGUGGUCAUUCGCCCCGCGUGAUCAACAGCGGUCAGAAUGUCGUCAAUCUCGGAAUUGGACUUGGCACUCUCACCCUUGUCUCUACCGCCGACGUCACAUCCCUCUCAUCAAACACAGUGGUCCCAAAAUCUUAGCAGCGACAAGCUUGAUGUGCCGCUCCUUGAUGAGGCGAUCACACCUUUAACACUUACAGCUCUACCCGAGCCAAGCGAGGAUCAUCUCGAACUCUCCGUCAAGGAGAAUGACGCUGGUAGCCCCCAGAAUCAAUCUAGGGCGAAAGAUUCGACAAGCCUGCUGAUCACGAUGCCCCAGGCAUCAGCGUUGACCAAAAAGUCAUCGACCAACAUUCCCUUUUCUAUCUCUCCCCCGAGCCAAGGACUCUCACCACCUGCAUUUGCUCCUGUGCGUGCGAUCAAAAGAGAUCCGUCUAUAGAUCGCCAUCACUCUACUCAUUCGUCAUUGGGAAGCGGAACGAUCCCUGCAGGAGGCGUCAGGUUCAUCACGACAUCCGCCAUAUUGUCGAGAACUGGUGCGUUGUACCCUCUUCAUGGCCAUGGGGACGACCCAUCGGUAACCCCGACGACGAGGGGUUCAAUAGAACCCUUUCAAAUGAAUCAGGAUAGGCGGAAAUGCGCAGCGGAGUCCGAGCAGGAAGGGCCUCACAAUGUCAUUUUUGCCUCUGCUGAUUCGUCAAAUGAAGACUUGUCAGAGGGCUCGGGUGCCCCGCCGCCACCACCACUCUUCUUGAAGCAAAAUCCAUCUAGACGUGGUCCAACGGCCUGUCAAAAGCCUGUGAGCAACGGCAGUGCUCUUGAAGCCUUUUCAGCCUUGCUGCUCGGCACAGAUGCAUCCGGCAGAGUCUCUUCCCUGAGCAGCGCUCGGAGACCCAGCAGUGCAUUCGGCGACGACGAUGCAAUCAGUGCCCCUCCUCCGAACGGGCUCAUUUCUAUCAUAUAUAGCGCUGCGAAAGCGCUGAUCACUGGAGGCGCGAAGUCAGACGAAGAAGGGUAUUGGCCAACGGAAAAAUUUGCAGGAAAUUGGGGCGAGCAGCUCACUUGGCUGCAUGCUCGUGGAGCAAAAGCUUUCAGACCCAAGCUCAACAUGCCCGGAAAGCAAGGUAGUGCCACAGACGCAAAUGCGGCAGGUGGUGACAAAACAAUCGCUUCUCGCAAGGAACGCAGAUGGUUUACCAACACCUUGAGAGAGAGCCUCAUGCCAUUUGCGGAUCCCCAGCGAGAAUGUGAAGAAAAGGACGAAGAAGGCAACGCAUUCGUUCGCGUCGGGACUAAAAGGAGCUUGCCAAGCUUCCAGAUGAGUCGGUCUCCGUCAAAACAGCCUGGCGAACCUCAAACCGACCUGUCAGGUCCGAAAUCUUACCUCUUCAGAGGCGAUGCUGAUCCAUUCUCUCUCGAUGUCGGGUCAACCCCUCCGGCAACCGCUUUUCCGGCGCAUGGGUUGCGUCGAUCGCCGGGUGAGACGCUGAAUCUGCGAGCUACAUCCCCUGGUAGCAAGGCUCCGAGGGUAUUCGGGCCCGGGUCAGCGUUUCCGGCGUCAGAGAGUAAUCCGCUACCCGAUGCACCGCCGAGUCCAGUCGGGAUGCCCGGUGCGUGGCUCGGUGGAUAUGCUUGGCGUGCGAGGCCAGGUGAUGGAUACGAAGAAGGUGCUCUGCUCUUGCCACCCCCGCUGUUGGACGACGCCUCUAAUGAUCCGAGAGCGUUUGAAGGUAUUUUGGGUAUACAUCGUGCGCGGGAGCUUGAUGCCAAGCGCAAGCAGUUAGAUCGUCUACGCGCGCGAAAUCGCCCCGCGCACAAGGUCGGCAUGCUGACAGCGCUGACGAACUUUGUGAGAGCCGCCCACGCGGCCGACAAGGCCGCAAAGCAGGCCGCCAGAGCCACCGGUCGGCCGCACAGUCCAUUCAUGUUUCGUCGACGACAUACCUACCCAGAGAAGCUGGAACCUGCGGAUUUUGCGGACGAGGACCUCGCAAAUGGAGCUCCAACAAGUCUUGUGGCCGCUCCUUUUGCCACAACACCGAUGCAGAACGCGCCGGGCUCGAUCUUAGAAGAUGACAUCUUCGCCACUCGAUCGUCACCAGUGUUACGAGAGCGAGGGGGAUCAGCUGGGAUGAGUCGCAAAGCCUCUCUCACAAUCCCGGAGAUGCCUUUGGACAUAGUAUACGAGCAGCAGCCCUUGGAAGCUGGCCGCAUGAGCAACAUGGAACGGCGAAGGCAGUCCAGUAGCGUCGACUUGCAACACGAAUUUAUCGAUGCCCUCCGCAACCCACUGCCUUGUCCGCAGUCGCCCAUUGUCCGCGCCACGAGUCGAGAAUCAACGCGCUCGACGCGUUCUGCGCGGGAUAUCCCCAAAGCACCCAAGCUCAUCCCCGUGCAGCUCUCCAGCCCCGGUUCUCCCUUUUCGCCUUUCCUGUUGCAAGACGAUCUUCCACCCAAGUCACAGUUGAACGCAUUCAGUCGGCCGGGCACGAUGCCUCCUACACCGCAACUUGGCCCUACGCAUCUGAGCCUUCCUCCGUCCCCAUGGGUACGGGACGCGCUAUCGCCCCUUAAAGGAUACCCCAAGCUCCAACUGCACCUGGCCAUGACGAGUUCCAGGUUCGCGUCUCCUUGGAGCCCUCGCUUGGUGCCUACCGCGCUAGAAGUCGUCGAGGAUCACUCUCCAACUCCCUCCAAACGAAAGAAGCAGCACAACGCACGCAUGACUCCGACUGCCCUACUGGCCGACGCGACUCCAUCCUACACCUCAAUCCAACAUGAGCGCAUGCCAGAUUCGCGCCGUGUGGUCAGUAUUACGCAUCGGAAGAAUCCCAAUUGCCGAAUGAAUUCACACAUGAGCGAAGAUGCAUCCGAAAUCGUAGCACGGCCACCGGGAUAUGGGCGCUCGUUCUUGCUCUGGUUCUUCAUUGGCGACCUUGGCCUUGGGACCUGGACCUCAUUUGCAGCUCGAGCGCUACAUCCUCAGCAUACUCCGCCUGCCACAGCGCAGGUUGGUAUAAUUCUUGGCAUCAUCGGCUACGCUUUCGGCUUCGUCGUCUUCAUCACGGCACAUUUCAUCGAUCUUGCCAUGCAGAUCUGGGAACAAGCGUGUCUCGCGCUUUGGUUCUUGCACUGGACGGCACUCAACUUGACGGGGCGCACAGUGCUGAGCCGCUGCAUCAUUGAGGCUUAUCACCUUAUCGUGCGAGAAUGGUCGUUGGUGGUACUGGAAGAUCAUGAGAUGUUAGUAGAACCUGUUCACGCGGCUGCCAGGACUUGGCUAUCCAAAAUCGGUCGGCGCCAGCGGCGCGGGCUCACACAGUGGCAGGUCUUGCGCUCCCUCUUCGAGCUCUACUGCAUCCACGACGUGACCCGUGAGCGGUACCACCGAGAGGGAGCCGGUCUGGAAAAGCUGGAUGGCUGGCGACGAGAGCAUGGGGUGGCAGAAGCGGACUCGUCCGAUGACGAGGGGAGCGAAGAGGAAAUGAUCGUCACAAAUCAGGAUGACGAUAUUCUCCAAUUCACCAAGACUCCCAGAGUCCGUCCCCGUCGGACGACUUCACGGGAGAACUUCGGCUACUUCCCUGAAACGCGUCGAAGCAACCCACGGGACUGCAGGCUCUCACGGGACCGCGGGCUCUGGGAAGAUGGCCCCUGCGACAUCAUAAAAAGUGUUAAAUGGGCAUCGACAAUGGCAAUUUCUGCGUAUGGCCUUCACGUCCACAUCGUCGACUUGCCAGAGACGUUUACCCCAUCUGGCGAGCGCUUCUCGCGGCAGACCUUUGCCUACCUCUCCCGCCUCAAUCCAGACGAUGUCUUGCACGCUGACAUUCAGACGCUGGACAGCGAAGCAGCGUACAGUCCGACAUUUUACGUCAUCAAGGACCAGAUACGCAAGGUGGUAAUCGUUGCAAUUCGCGGCACCCAAAGUUUCCAAGACAUCAUUGUCGACCUCGAUAUACAGUUGGAGGACGUCGAGCUGCCGCCCUUGCAGGACAAGAACGCUCCACACGAGAUGAAGUGCCACGCUGGUGUUUGGCGAGCGGCGCAACGGCUUGUCAGAAAGGACUCGAAGCUACUCAGCACCCUGAAUCAAGCGUUAGCAGAGGAGAACGAAUAUGGCCUCGUUUUGACCGGACACUCCCUGGGCGGUGCAAUUGCCAGUGCAGUAGCCCUCUUGAUUGGUCAAUACACGGUCAGAGACAACGAGGCACACAACGGUGGGCGCUGGGUGAUUAAGCCAGACUGCGGUCUUCCUGUUGGACGCAAAAUUCGAGCCAUCACAUUCGCCCAUCCGGCGACUGCGAGUGCAUCCUUAUCAGAAAGGGCGGCGAUGGGGCGCAUUCCGCUUGUCCUUUCCGUUGUCCUUGGCGCAGACAUCAUCCCUCGCUGCGGUCACGGGCAAGCACGCGAGCUUCGGCGCGUCUUGGGCGCGCUUUGUCGGCUACGUCGGAGGCACGAAUUAGCUACGGAAGGCAGUGACGACGCACGUGUGCAUGUGACAAAGAGUUGGUGGGACUGGAAAGCAAUUCAGCGGACAAAGGAGCCAGAUGCUGUUAUGCUCGACCGGAAAGAGCGCAUUGAACGGCAAAUGUGGAGGCUUCGAUGUGAUGUAGAGGCCGAUCUGUACGCUGCGGUGAAGCAGCGUGCGGCAACUGUCGCUUCCAAGCAGUCUACGGUCCCACCGUCACCUUGGAUUGGCCCGCAACAACGGGCAUCUGCACCCCUGCACCAGCUUGCGGCGCGGAGGCAAGCAUUGGACAGCGCGACGAUAAAGAGCGAAGCUGCCAGCGGUGGCGUACUUGUCCCUGCUGGCAAGAGUAUCUGGAUCAGCGGUAAAGAUAUUUACUCGAUCACAAGUCCUCUUGCAUUCUUCAGCAUGCCAGACUUGCAUCCCAAGAUGUUUGCGGAGCACUUUCCUUCAGCGUACGAGAGUGCGCUGUUGGAGGACAUCGUGUGUUAAAGAACAUGUCCAAUGACACAACAAGACUGGUUCCCUGCGCCUGGUUAGUGAGACAUUCUGUUGCGUGGAAAGUUCAUACCAAGCCUUGUGCAUGACACGUGCCAUCUCCAUGGAACCAAGCGUCCUGCAGUGAGAGCCGUGUUCUCAACCAAUUUACAGUCGAUUGGUGCCAGCCUGUUCAAAAAGGAUAACCGUUGACGUGACAACCGGCGAU